UCCACCCACAGCCAAGAUUUUGGGGUGCUGAUGAGGUGGGGAAAUGUUCCCCUUAAUUAGGGAGGGGGGCUGUGCCUGUGCUUGGGGGGCACUGGGGACGCUUGCAGCCCUCCUGCCCUUCACACCCCCUCCGGCUGCAGGUGACAGUGUGACUGUGUCAUGUGAAGCAUUGAGUGAGCUUCCAGAGUUGACGCUGCUCUACUGGCUGGAGAAUGGCUUCUUUGUGAAGAGCCUGCACCCAGAUGGGGCUGUGCGUGAGGGGACAGUGCAAGAGGAGCUGCAGGGCUCGGGGAUGGCCCUGCACCGUGACCUGCACUUCAGCUCCUUCGACAACCAGCACCUGCACACCAACUUCACCUGCAUGGUGCUCAGUCCCUUCGGUGUCGACACCAGGGAGGUGCGAUGGCUGUCCCAAGCACUGGCCCCUGUCACUGGGAAGAGUGGAGGCCUGGGCUGA